AUGUCACUCGCCCAGCCACUCCCCAUCAUGCUCAACCACGCCAACAUUCUCGCCAGACCCCACUCCUCUCCCUCUCAAUCCUCUUCCCACCGCAACAAUGCCCCUCUCCAACGGUCUUCGGUUCUCCAUACCUCGUUCAACCUUGCUCUACCACUCUUCAACGAUACCUACAACAACCUUCAACGCCGUCGGCGGAUCCGAAGUCCCCGAGAGGGUGGGUUUGACAAGGGUCACCUCCAGAACAACCUCACGCUCGACAUGACCAGAUCGCCGGUCCUCGUCGCUUCUUCUGGCACCUCAAUCUUCUACUUCUACACCCCUGAGCAGGCCGGAACCUUCUGCGGACUGCUCGAGGACGACGACGUCGAAGAUUACCUAGUCGAGGACGGCUGGAUCCUUCCUCGCGGAAGUCUCGUCGGGCGCCGCGUCUUCGUCAUCGCCCCUGGUCGGCCCUGCCGAGUUGUCGGUGGAGAUCGCGCUGGAGCACAGCGGGCUGCGCGGCACUACACCGCUCAGCGCGGUGCGCUUCAUGUCCGCUCCGGCGGCGCUUCGACCACCGUCCGGCGGAACGAAGCAGUGUACCUGCCGGAUUCCUUCAUCCACCCUGCCGACCUCAAAGUGACGAUUCCUCCAGGAAUCGGCCACCUCAUCCCCUCUCCUCACCGGCAACCUCAUCUUUACCCCCCUCCGCCUCUCACCAAUCCUCGCCGCCUUCGCUCUCCCGAGGAGCAGCUCAAGUGGGCCCAGCUGGGUGCUCGACGCUGGCUGAUGCGGGUCGGCGACGACCUCACUUUCAAGACCGACGGACUCGCGUUCGCCGUGCAUGCGAGGUGGGCAACACGUGUUUUAUGA